AUGUCCAUCGUGGAAGACUCAACUGUUUCGAACACAGGGGGCGUGCGUGGUAAGCUGUGGCAGUCCUCCGGGGACUUGUUCGCGGGCGAAUGGACUUAUAUCCUGCUACCCAUACCACAGGAUUGUGCAGCGCUCGAGGUUUACUCUGGCCGUCAUAGGGACACACGUACAACAGUGUCUGGCGGCUACGAGUCUAAUCAGCCGUAUGUUGGUCAUUCUGUACUGGGCGUCCCGGUCACCGAGACUCUCACUGGUCUCAAAGGGUACGGAAACCCGUUCACUUGCCUGCCCAAAUUUCCAGGCUCCUCAUUACGCACGAACGGUUCUUGGAAAUCUGAACACGGAUUUUGUCAACCUGGAAACUCCAAGCAUACGAACUACGUGGCUGAACGAUUGAGUUUCAUCUUGGUCCAUUUUCGACCUCCUCGAUAUCCUGUGACGGUAGAGGAGUUCAUCCUUACACCGUAA